CGCAUGCGGGCUGCGCAGGUCUCCUCGUGAUGACAGCAAAUGACAGCACUGUUCGCUCUUGCAGAAGCCAGUGUGAGACGCUAACCGCCAACAAACAACUCGAGAAAUCUUUUGAUCAGCUGUGUUUAGACAAACCGUGAACACCCAGUACGCCCUAAUUACGUUUGUCAUUUCGCUCUCUGCCUGUGUGAGCUGGUGAAGAUGGUGAAGCCAGACAUCCACACUCUGGCCCACCACCUGAAGCAGGAGCGGCUGUACGUGGCAUCGGAGAAGCAGCUCAUCCAGAGGCUCAACAGCGAUGUGCUGAAGACAGCUGAGAGGCUGUACCGGGCUGCAUGGAUCGCCAAGCAGCAGAGGAUCAACCUCGAUCGUCUCAUUCUCACCAGUGCGGAGGCCUCUCCAGCCGAAUGCUGCCAACAUGCCAAAAUGCUGGAAGACACACAGUUUGUUGAUGGCUACAAGACUCUGGGCUUCCAGGAGACGAUCUAUGGCGAGUUCUUGGCCCGGCUGAGGGAGAACCCCAGACUGGUGGCAUCUUGUCUGGUAGCAGGAGAGAGGCUGAACCAGGAACACACCCAGGGGGUCAUUCAUACAGUCUUCACCUCACUUUAUGGCAAUUGCAUUAUGCAGGAAGAUGAGAGCUACCUGCUGCAGGUGUUGCGAUACCUGAUAGAGUUUGAGCUGAAGGAGAGUGACAAUCCUCGCCGCCUGCUGCGGCGUGGAACCUGUGCCUUCAGCAUCCUUUUCAAGCUCUUCUCUGAGGGCCUGUACUCAGCCAAGCUCUUCCUCACUGCAACGCUCCAUGAGCCCAUCAUGCAGCUGCUGGUAGAAGAUGAAGACCACCUGGAGACCGACCCAGCCAAGGUGACGGAGCGUCUCACUCCGGCCCAGCAGGAACGCUUUGGAGAGAAGGGCUCUGAGGGCUACAGACAACGGGUGCAGGCAGCGGUGGAGGCUAAUGAGGCCAAGCUGGUAGCUCUGGUCAACAAGUUUAUUGGUUACCUGAAGCAGAACACCUACUGCUUUCCCCACAGCCUCCGCUGGAUUGUGUCACAGAUGUACAAGACUUUGUCAUGUGUGGAGCGGCUGGAGGUGGGCGAGGUGCGCACCAUGUGUACAGACCUGCUGCUGACCUGCUUCAUCUGCCCAGCUAUAGUUAACCCAGAGCAGUAUGGUAUCAUCUCAGACGCUCCCAUCAAUGAAGUGGCCCGCUUCAAUCUGAUGCAGGUUGGGCAGCUUUUGCAGCAGCUGGCCAUGGCUGAUGAUGAUGCAGACCCAAGGCGGAAAAGCAGUUUGUCCAAAUUUGACAAGAGUUGCGUUGCUGCCUUUCUGGAUGUGGUGAUCGGAGGAAGAGCAGUUGAGACCCCACCCAUGUCCUCAAUGAACCUUCUCGAAGGCCUCAGUAGGACUGCGGUCUACAUUACACAUAAUCAGCUGCUUGUGCUGGUGGACUUUGUGCGCAGUGUGAUGGCAGGGGACCAUCUUCGGGAGGAGGAGCACAUGGCUCUGGAGACUCUGCUUGCCAACGUGCCCCAGAAUCGAACUGUGAAGAGCAACAGUCUGGAGCUCACUCCCUCCAACACCCCCCAGCUCUCCCCAGCUACCACUCCUGCCAACAAGAAGAACAGGCUGCCCAUAGGACAACACUUAGCCGCCAUAACAUCCUGGGACCCUACAGCCACCACUCUGUCUGCCCACAUUCCAUUAGUAACCCCUUUUGCAGCCGCUCGUAGCCGCAGCCGUACCAACAUCGCCCAGGAGGGGGAGGCAGAGGCCAGCUCCCAAGAAUCCCUGCAGGAGCUGAUGCCAGAGGAGGUGCUGGUGAUUUCACUGGGAACUGGUCCUCAGACUGUCCCUGGGAUGAUGUCAGAGAAUGAGGUUUUGAACCUGCAGAUGGCUGAUGGGGCUCAGGGGGACGGCCAUGCUGACGAUACUAAGUUGCACGGUAAACCAGACAAAACCCUGCGCUUCUCCCUCUGCAGUGACAACUUGGAAGGCAUCUCGGAGGGUCCAUCCAAUCGUUCUAACUCUGUGUCAUCUCUGGACCUGGAGGGAGAGUCCGUCUCUGAGCUGGGAGCCGGACCAUCGGGGAGCAACGGGGUGGAGGCUCUCCAGCUUUUGGAGCAUGAACAAGCCACCACUCAGGACAACCUGGAUGACAAACUGCGCAAGUUUGAGAUCAGAGACAUGAUGGGUCUGACGGAGGAUCGGGACAUCUCUGAGACGGUCAGUGAAACCUGGAGCACAGAUGUGCUCGGCAGCGACUUUGACCCCAACAUGGAUGAAGAUCGGCUGCAGGAAAUAGCAGGGGCAGCAGCAGAGAACAUGCUCGGCAGCCUGCUGUGUCUUCCCGGAUCGGGUUCGGUGCUGCUGGACCCCUAUGGCUCCACCAUCUCAGAGACCACAAGCGAGGCCUGGAGCGUCGAGGUCCUUCCCAGUGACUCGGAAGCCCCGGACCUGAAACAGGAGGAGCGUCUGCAGGAGCUGGAGAGCUGCUCGGGGGUUGGCAGUACUUCAGAUGACACCGAGGUCAGAGAGGUCAGCUCGAGACCCAGCACGCCAGGCCUCAGUGUCGUCUCAGGCAUCAGUGCAACCUCAGAAGACAUCCCCAACAAGAUCGAGGACUUGCGGUCAGAGUGCAGCUCAGACUUUGGAGGGAAAGAUUCUGUGACCAGUCCAGAUGGGGAGGAGUCAGGCCACGGAGCGCACCAUCUGACAUCUCCGCCAUCACAGACCGAUUCCUUACUGGCCAUGUUCGAUCCCCUCUCCUCUGGUGAAGGCUCCUCCACUGGAACAAUAGUGAGGCCUAAAGUGCACUACGCCAGGCCCCCUCACCCUCCCCCUGAUCCUCCCAUCCCUGAAACCAGCGCCCUGGGGCCGGAGACGCGCCACUCGCUCUUCACGCCCCACUGCCUGGCCCAGGCUGAGCUGGAGCACACCAAGCAGCGCCAUUCCUUCCCUGACAGGCUGGUCCGUAGCCGCAGCUCUGACAUUGUGUGCCCGGGCCGCCGGCCCACAAGUGACCCCGGACUGAAUCGGCGGGUAGCAGUCGAAGAGCGCGACCCCGCAGGGGCCUACGCCUUAGGACCGUCCUCGUCACCCAGCAAGGACUCCCUGAAAGGAGAGGCUGAGGACAGGAAAGACAGUGACGAUGAGAAGUCUGAUCGCAGCAGACCAUGGUGGAGGAAACGUUUUGUGUCAGCCAUUCCCAAAGCUCCGAUAGCAGCAUUUCGGAAAAGGGACAAGCAGGAGAAAGACGACGUCGUCCAGGAGCGUGUCCCACAAGAUGACCCGUUGUCCAGGCAGAGCUGUCAGACGCAGGCAGCUGAAGACAUCCUGGACAAGUACAGGAACAUCAAGAGGACCAGUCCGAGCGAUGGAGCCGCAGGUGGAGCUUCUUACGAUGGGACAGGAGAUCUUUGUCCUGAGGACGGCGUGCACGACUCUCCUAGAGAAGACACCCUGCAGAACAUUUCCACAGAUGACCUCCCAGACUCAGCCAGCCAGACGGCUCAGCAGCACGACUCCAAGUUCUCCUUCAGUGAUGCAAAGAAGAAGUUGAGGUUGGCGUUGUGCUCUGCGGACUCUGUGGCGUUGCCCAUCAUGGCUCCUACAACCACACGAAACGGACUGCCUGAUCAUAUGGACUCAGAAGACAAUGAGAUCGUCUGCUUCCUGAAGGUUCAGCUAGCAGAGGCCAUCAACCUUCAGGACAAGAACCAGAUGGCCCAGAUCCAGGAGACCACGCGCUGUGUCAGCCGCUUCGACGCACGCACCUGCAGGAAGCUGCUGGCUGCCAUCGCAGAGGAUUACAGGAAGCGGGCACCGUACAUAGCUUAUCUAACGAGGUGUCGUCAGGGCCUGCAGACCUCUCAGGCCCAUCUGGAGAGGCUCCUCCAGAGGGUGCUGAGAGACAAGGAGGUGGCGAACCGCUACUUCACCACUGUCUGUGUCCGGCUCCUUCUCGAGCACAUGGAGUCCAAGAUGCUCGACUUCAUUAAAGCGUUCCAGGGGUGCACAGCAGCGGAUGACAAGACGGCAGCAGUGGAGGAUUUUCUGCGCUACUUGUACGGUGCCAUGGCCCGCGAUGCCAUUUGGCAGUAUGCUAGUGAGGACCAGCUGCAGGAUGCCCAGAUGGCUAUCGAGCGCAGCGUUAUGAACCGCAUCUUCAAACUGGCCUUCUACCCCAACCAGGACGGAGACGUUCUCAGAGACCAGCUUUUCCAUGAACACAUCCAGCGGCUCUCAAAAGUUGUGACGGCCAAUCACAAAGCUCUUCAAAUCCCGGAGGUUUACCUGAAGGAGGCCCCCUGGCCCUCUGCUCAGUCCGAGAUCAGGACUAUCAAUGCGUACAAGACGCCACGGGACAAAGUCCAGUGUAUACUGCGCAUGUGUUCCACCAUCAUGAACCUCCUCAGUCUGGCCAAUGAAGACUCUGUCCCUGGAGCGGAUGACUUUGUCCCUGUACUUGUCUUUGUCCUCAUAAGGGCAAACCCGCCCUGCCUGCUGUCCACCGUUCAGUACAUCAAUAAUUUCUACGCCAGCCGGCUGAGUGGGGAGGAGUGCUAUUGGUGGAUGCAGUUCACCGCGGCGCUGGAAUUCAUUAAGACCAUCGACGAUCGCAAGUGAAGCAGAACAGCCACCUGUAUGGGCAGACUGCGGGGGAAGGAGCCGGGAGACUGGGAGACUUCCCAACCAACUGCUCCCUCUGCACAGCUUAUGAAACCUGGCCCUCAGCCUGCUCUUUAUUUGUAUAGCUUGUACAUAGCCAGAGACAUUGAAAAAUUACAAAAUAUAUAUUACUGUACGUACGUGGACAAAUCCAGGUUUUAGCCGUGGUGGGGGGGGGGUAAAAAAACGGCCUGGGGCAGGGGGGGUAAUUGGCAAGAUGUUGAGCCCGAUUUCUUCUUUGUUUUGUUCAAUCAUCACUUUGGGGUCUGUAUUAGGAGCUGUAUAUAUACACAUGAUUACUAAUAUGACAUUAAAUCAGCCUAAAACAGAAAUCCUGUACAGUAAAGGGACCAGACUUCCCCGAUGUGACCCCCCACCCCCCCCUAGCGAGUGGGAGGGAAGGGCUUCCAAUUAAAUUACAAUACAGAGUUCAUUAAGUGCGUCGUUACGUGGGGACUGAUGACGCUCAGAUCAGUUCACAGUAGCCACAGUGCUCGUGAGAUUAGAAUAUCAAAUGGUAGGGCAGCUUAUUCAAUACUUCAUCGUAUUCCCAAAAAAACACAAGCGACAAUUUGGACAUAAGGGCCCACAUAUUUAUAUGAAAUAAAAUGUAUUUAUUUCUAGAAUUCUAUUUAAAUGCUUUGUUUAUCUCAUUUUUUUUAAAAAAAAUGCAUAUCAUGCCCAUUCAAGAUGUCUGAGGCAAGUGCUGUUAGUCUGUCAGAAGAGCUUGAGCUAGUAGCAAGGCACCUUAGCGACGAGCGGCCCUUGAGGUGGGGGCUGCUGGGAGAUUGUCGUACGGGGUCGGCUCGUGCACACAGUGGUGGUGGCAUUUAUGUUGGAAACAGUGCCUUUGGUGCGGGGCGCUCCGUACAGGUCCGUUUCUUUUUCUUUUCUUAACCCAGCAUAGGCAUUACCCCCCCACACCACACACACACACACACACACUCCAAUGGACCAACCACGCCUCACCACAUCACUGAUUGUCACGGCUGGGUCCCUUUAAUGCACUUGAGUUUGAACAAAUAUCCCCUCUGGUCUCUUGGAUCCUACCUCAGAGCUGAAACCAGUGAGCCUGACAUCAGCCUGUAUGCAGUAACUGUCCUGCAUUGGUGCACCACAGAGUACCGGAUCAUUUUUGCACUGGUUUAAAAAAAAAAGAAAAAUAGAAAAAAAAAGACUAAAGUGGUGCGGGGGGGGGGGAGGUAGGAAACUGAGCUGCUGUGAUGCUUUUUGCGCUCACUCUUAAUUAACACAAAGACGUUUUCUAAUCUCACAGCUGAGAUGCCGCAUGUGUCCACGUGGGCAGACUAGUGAACCAUUGGAUAUUAGCUCUCUACCUCCUCAUAGGUUCAACAAAGGGAGUCGUGUUUAUGUGCACUUAUAUUUCUUUUCUCUCUCUCUCUCUCCCAGUUUUGGCGUGCUGUGAUCUCCCAGUGUCAUUGUGUCUUUCCAGUUAUAGUACAAGCAUGCCUUUAAUUAUCCAGAAAUGACUAAAACUCAUCUUCUCUUGAAAUCCUCUGCUUCGGUUUUUGUUCUUUUGUGCACACACUUGCCACGUGUAUCAUAGUUUUCGACGAUCCUUGACUUUUCACGGCGAGUGACCUGACAGCACAAUACACAGUAGGAUUAGAAGAGCAAAUAAUCAACACUAUUGACUUGUUACUGACUUGCAGUUUAUGCUAAGGUGGUCGGUGUAGCGCGCGAGUGCGGUUUUGAUCCAGUGCGCGUGUGCGAGAUGAUUGUGCGGUUGCUUUUGACCGUCUGCCUCCUCUUGCAUGAAGUCCUCGGAUGGUCUGCACGUUCAGUCAUGGCCGACAGCAGGGCGGGAUUAGUAUCCGCCACAGGCCGGUGAGUGCAGCUGCAAGAGGACGCACAGCUUCUCUCUGUGUCCGUGAUACCUGCGUGUCGGAACACGGUGAUUUAUUUUGCACAAAACAGAUGUGUUUUCCUGAACAAGUGGACAGGGAGCAGCGCACGCCGGAACGCCGUUCCUUCAGGCCUGGACAGUGGUUUGAAACUGUUCCAGGAGCAAAGUUAGGCUGCUGAUGGUUAACUCCGUGCAGCUGCUGCACAUCCCAAACGUCGUCAGCCCGUGAGGUCCUUGCAGAGUCAGUGUGAUGAGAAAACCAUGCACUGGAAAGUCAAGUUGCAGGUUGCAUCUACACUAAUUAGUUUUACGUGACGUCAUUUUAAUUGGCAAUACAUAUUCCACAGAUGUGAUGAAAUUAUUUGGACCUGGCUUACGUAUCCUCAGAUCGCUCGGUGACCCCAGUGAAGUGGGAACGCCACGCACCGAGGCAGCGUGACUGUGGGCUCGGCUGUGGUUGGCGGGAUUCGAGCGCCCAGCCUGAAGCUUCGCUGCUCUGCUCCCUGUGCAGUUGAGUCAACAGUUUGACAUCCUAACAUCUAAUUUGAACUGUAAGCUUGCACAAUGACAUGCGGGGAAAGCCGGUUUGUCUUUACUGUGAUUAAUGCAUUAUGUAAUUCUUUAAAAACAAUAAAAGAAGCAGAAGUUUUUUUCCCAUU